AACACUGGAUAUUAUGAUCCGUAUGAUAAUGAUAAUAGUAGAUUUCUUGACCAGAGAGGAAAUACUAAUGUUGAUAACUCUUACAAUAAUAAGAAUGGAUAUGACAACCAAUUAGAAUAUGUUCAAAAUGACCAUCAACCGCAACAUAUUAAUUAUGAUGAUGGUGGUGGGGUAUAUCAUGAUCCUAGGAAUGGACUUAAUAAUAAUGAUCCGUAUUAUCCCACUAAUAAAUCUCCAGAUCCUGUUGGUAGUGCAUAUGAUGAUUCAGGGUAUUCUAUUCCUUAUAACAUGCCAUUACGAUCUAAUUCUCAAAAUCAAAAUUACGUCAAUCCUUAUACCGUCUCUUCUCAUGAACCAAAACCCCUUCAAUAUAGUUAUAACAGUCCUACACAUUAUCCUCCUUCUCCAGUAAACUAUCCAACUUCCCCAACUGUGCAAAUUCAACAUCCACAAGUUCUAUAUCGUGGUCAUACAGAUCCUUAUAGCGAAGGUACAACACCUAAAGAAAUGUUGCCAUCUGAUUAUUCUUCUAUGCCCUCAUCAACCCCUGGUCCCAAACCUCCAUCCAAUUAUGGUCAUGAGAAACCUUUUAGCCCGACUAGCGCGCUUUCUAGUAAACCUUUCAUCCCUGAAGAAGAAAAAAACGCAAAACCUGCUGCUGUUUUAUUAUGGGCACGUCCUCCAAAAGUUGAAUUCUUGGGCAUUGUUCCUUCACCUAAAGGUUUACCUCCUUAUGAAGCUAAGACUUCAGGAUUUGAUUUUAACUUUGGUUUAAAAAUUCAAGUUGAUAAUCCGAAUAUAGUUGGUGCAAAUUUCGAAAUGAUCCAAGCUACUGCAUUUUAUCCUGAGCAUUCUGAACCAAUUGGAGGCGGAAAUUUGACCAAUGUAGAAAUCUCAGCUAAAGGAAAAACUACCAUCGAAUUUCCAUUCUCUGUCAAUUAUGAUAAAGAUAUUGAUCCAGGAUUUGUUAUUCUUUUUGACAUUGCUCGAAAAUGUGGAUUAACUGGAGGAGCGAAAGAAAAAUUGGAAAUUGAUUAUAAAUUAACACUUACUAUCAAAGUUCUUUUAGUUACCAUAAAUCCAAGUUUUGAUAGGAAAGCUAUGAUUGAUUGUCCAAUUAAGGACGGACAAAUACCAAAUAUACCAGGAUUCGAUAUAGGUAAAGCUGCAAAAGAAUUUAAUAGUAAAAAGAGUAAGAGACAUUUAUCACCAAAACGACCUGAUUAUUAA